AUGAAGAUCACCGUGCACUCGUCCAAGGCCGUCCGGCCCGCCUACGGCGCCGGCCGCGUCCCGUUCGCGGCGGCGGGCGCCGUCCCGCUCACGGUGUUCGACAAGGCCAGCUUCGACCAGUACAUCUCCGGCAUAAGCUUCUUCCGCCCGCCGGCCCCGCCGAACGCCGCCCUCGAGGCGGGGCUGGCCAGGGCGCUCGCCGAGUACCGCGAGUGGGCCGGCCGGCUCGGCGCGGACGCCCGGGGCGCCCGCGCGAUCCUGCUCGACGACGCGGGCGCGCGGUUCGUCGAGGCGACGGCCGACGUCGCGCUCGCCGCCGUCAUGCCGGCGCUGGAGGAGCCGGCGCCCGCGGCGGCGGGGCUGCACCCGAGCGCCCCCGGCGACGGCGGGGAGCUGCUGAUGGUCCAGGUCACGCAGUUCGCGUGCGGGUCGCUCGCCGUCGGCCACACCAUGAGCCACGUCGUGGCCGACGGGCGGGCCGCCUGCAACUUCCUGCUCGCGUGGGGCCAGGCCACCCGCGGGGUCCCCGUAGACCCGGCGCCGGUGCACGACCGGGCGUCGCUCUUCCUGCCCCGGGACCCGCCGCGGGUCGAGUUCGAGCACCGCGGCGUCGAGUUCAGCCCGCCCCGCCGCCCUCACCCUCGCGGCAGGAGCAGCGACGCCGAUGACGUGGUGGUCGUGCACCGGGCGCACUUCAGCCGGGAGCUGGUCUCCGAGCUCAGGUCGCGGGCGUCGGCACGGGCGCCGCGGCCCUACGGCACGACGCUGUGCCUGGUGGCGCACCUGUGGCGGUGCAUCACGAGGGCGCGCGGGCUCGACGGGGGCGCGGUCACCGCGCUGCGCGUCGCCGUGAACGGGCGGGCGCGGAUGACCAGCGCCCCGCGGGUGCCCGAGGGGUACACGGGCAACGUCGUGCUCUGGGCGCGCCCGGCCGCCGCGGCGCGGGAGCUGGUGGACGGGCCGCUGUGGCGCGCCGCGGAGCUCGUGGCCCGGGCGGUGGCCCGCGUCGACGACGGCUACUUCCGGUCGUUCGUCGACUUCGCGUGCUCCGGGGCGGUGGAGCGGGAGGGGCUGGUCCCGACGGCCGACGCCGCGGAGAAGGUGCUCAGCCCGGACGUCGAGGUGGACAGCCUGCUGCACGCCGCGUUCUGCGACCUGGACUUCGGCGGCGGCCGGCCCUUCUUCUUCAUGCCCGGCUACCUGCCGGACGAGGGCUCCGUCUUCCUCGUGCGGUCUUUCUCCGGUGACGGGGGCGUCAGCGCCUACGUGCCCCUCUUCAGCCGCGCCAUGGAAAGCUUCAAGAGAUGCUGCUACUCGCUGGGAACCGUGGACGCACGUCUUUAGAAUUUAGAUCCAUGUCUGCUCUCUUUGGC